UCUCUAGGACAUGACCUUCAGCAGGAAGAUGGACCAUGAAAACAAACGAUCUGCCAAGACUCCCUAGGUCCUGGUGAUCCCUUGGAUUUCCUUCCUCAGCAACACAUGCCAGAUGAAGAAUUCAGAAGGCACAAAAAGGCAGUGAUAGAGACCAGUGUAUCAUGGGAUGCUUCAGGAAGGAUACAAUUCCUUAAUUAAAAGCCACAACCUGUGAAGCUUCUUCUAAAUUGUGGCGUUUUGAUCAUAUAUAAAGUGCAUCUCCAAAGGAAGGAGAAGUCAUGCCCAUGUAGUUAACUGAACAGAUUAAAAUAUAUCUACCUACACAAACACAAUACAAACAUUGAUAAAUAUAACUGUCCAUUAGACAUAUUUGCUCAAAAUGGAUGAUGGCCGUAGAAACCAGGUGAGCCAUGGUUUUGAUGACUACCGCUACCAGGAUGGUGGCUACAAAGGUUAUGCUCCCAACGACCCAACUUAUCACACUGGAGAGGAACCCAGUCAGGAAGAAGAUGCUCAAAGUGAUGCUACUGAAGGCCAUGAUGAAGAUGAUGAAGUCUAUGAAGGAGAGUACCAGGGCAUUCCUCACCCAGAUGUCAAGUCUAAGCAGAAGACAGCAGGUCUGUCCAAUGAGUUCAGAGAUCGUGAUGAGUUAAUAGCAGAAAAGAUGGAAGAUGAAGAGCAGUUGGCUCACCAGUAUGAAAAUAUCAUUGUGGAAUGUGGCCACGGACGUUUCCAAUGGAUGCUUUUCGUUGUGCUGGGCUUGGCCCUGAUGGCAGAUGGGGUGGAGGUGUUUGUGGUUGGUUUCGUCUUGCCCAGUGCUGAAAAGGAUAUGUGCUUAUCAAGAUCCAACAGAGGAAUGCUAGGGCUAAUUGUUUACUUCGGAAUGAUGGUGGGGGCCCUUCUCUUGGGCGGCCUGGCAGACAGGCUGGGCCGGAAGCAUUGCCUCUUCUUAUCGCUGUCCAUCAAUGCCAUCUUUGCGUUCCUUUCCUCCUUCGUGCAGCAGUAUGGCUUCUUUCUCUUCUGCCGCCUGAUCUCCGGUUUCGGGAUUGGAGGCUCCCUGCCCAUCGUCUUUGCCUAUUUCUCUGAAUUCCUGUCCCGUGAGAAGCGAGGAGAGCACCUCAGCUGGCUCUGCAUGUUCUGGAUGAUUGGUGGUUUGUAUGCCUCGGUCAUGGCCUGGAGCAUCAUCCCACAUUAUGGAUGGGGGUUCAGUAUGGGGACCAAUUAUUACUUCCACAGCUGGAGGGUUUUUGUGGUGGUUUGUUCCCUCCCUUGCAUAGCGUCGCUUGUGGCCCUGAAAUUCAUGCCAGAGAGCCCACGUUUUUUGUUAGAGAUUGGUAAGCACGAUGAAGCAUGGAUGAUCCUUAAGCAAGUCCAUGAUGUCAACAUGAGGGCCAAGGGAGAGCCAGAAAGGGUAUUUACGGUGGCUCAGAUAAAAACUCCCAAGCAGGUUGACGAAUUUAUUGAAAUACAGAGCUCAACAGGAACAUGGUACCAGCGUUGCUUUGUUAGAGCCAUGACCACCUUCAGACAGGUAGUGGACAACAUCCUGUAUUGCCUGACAGCCCAGUAUAGAAUGAACACACUGUUACUGGCAGUUGUCUGGUUUUCAAUGGCCUUAAGUUACUAUGGCCUGAUUGUCUGGUUCCCUGAUAUGAUACGGUAUUACCAAGAGGCAGCAUAUAAGGAAGCGAGGAAGACUUUCCCACCAGAAUUAGUGAAGGAUUUCACCUUUGACUUUAAUCUCAAAAACCAGCUCUACUUGAACUGGACAUUCAGGAAUGACAGGUUCAUUCAAAUAAAAAUGUACGAUGUGACUUUUGAGAACUCCCUCUUUGAGGACUGCCGUUUUGAAGAUAUCACAUCCAGCGAGACCUUCUUCAGAAAGUGCACUCUUAUAAAUACCGUCUUCUAUAACACAGAUCUCUACAUGCAUAAAUUCAUCGACAGCGAAUUUGUGAACGUCACUCUCAGUGGGGAGAAGAAGGGUUGCCAACUGGAUUUUGAGGAAGACAAUGAUUUCCUCAUUUACCUUGUCAGCUUCUUGGGCAGCCUUUCCGUGUUGCCUGGUAAUAUCAUCUCAGCUCUGCUGAUGGACAAAUUAGGAAGAAUCAAAAUGAUCGGGGGGUCCAUGCUGAUCUCAGCAGUGUGUUGUUUCUUCUUGUUCUUUGGCGAAAGCGAGUCAGCCAUGAUCGGAUGGCAGUGCCUCUUUUGUGGCACCAGCAUCGCAGCCUGGAACGCCUUGAAUGUCAUCACCGUAGAGCUGUAUCCCACGCAGAAAAGAGCCACGGCCUUUGGGAUACUCAACGGCAUCUGCAAAGUUGGGGCCAUCUUGGGGAACUCAAUCUUUGCCUCUUUUGUUGGGGUCAUCAAAGUGAUCCCCAUUCUUCUGGCUUCUUCUGCUCUAGUUGGUGGAGGCCUCCUUGCCUUGCGGCUGCCAGAGACACGGGACCAAGUCCUGAUGUGAGCAGCUGGAGGGUGAAAUGCAGCACUGGUCAAUGGUGAAGAGCCAUGCUUAGAAGAAAAUCAAAACACCUACCAAUAUUUCUCUGCCAAUACCUCAUAUUUUGUGGGCAAGGGGGAGAGGAAUAGACCUUCUACUGAAGGAAGGUUAAAACCCUGAUUCUAGGACUAUUGUGCAGAGAUGAUGGAGCCCACAUAGCCAGACAAAAUAUACAACACACCCCUUUCCUGCCAAAUAUGUGCAAACUUCUAAUCAAUAGCCACCACAGCCUACUAUAUUGGACACAUACAUACAUUAAAAGGAGUGGAAUUAAUAAGCAUCAGUAUAGAUAUCAAUAUAGCUUGAUACCUCUUUUUCCACAGUUUUCCAGGAAACUUUCAUCUA